AGGGCCCAAUUAUCCUCCCCUUGUACCUCCACCUGCGCCCAGCAAACCCAAAUCCGCCACGCCUCCCUCCUAAAGCGUCCCCACCGUCCCUACCAAUUCACACAACUCGUUACAUUAUCAGAUGGAUCGACCUACACGCAACGCACGACGAGCCCGCAGCCGAUUUUCCGCACCACGAAGGAUACGCGCAACCACCCGCUCUGGCAGCCCUCCAUGACCUCGUUGCGAAACAUAGAGGAAGAUGAAGCGGGACGAUUGCGCUCUUUCCGCCUUCGUUUCGGUCGAGGUUGGGAUGCC